ACCAAAUUAUGGGGGCUACAAGCUGACUUUGAAGCUUCGGAUCUUGGUAAUGGUUUCUUCAUUGUGAAAUUUGAUAUGUUGGAUGAUUAUAACAAGGUUUUCACUGGGGGACCAUGGGUUGCCAUGGAUCACUAUGUCACCGUGAGGAAACGGCAACAAGACUUCAAGUCGGAUGAAGCAGAGGAGGCUACCACAGCAAUUUGGGUUUGGGCAUUGGAGAGAGGCUUGCAGCGACAGAGUUAUGCCAGUGCAAGAGAGGUUAGAACAAGCAGGGACUAGAGAUGGUCAUCAGGGUGCAGGACAUGAUGACAAUGGGCCAGGGCCAAAAGCAGAGGUAAUGACAGAGCCUAACCCAGGAAUUUACGGACCUUGGAUGAUGGUUCAGAAUCAAAGAAGGAAAAACAGAGGCCCAAUGGGCACUAAGCCAUCAAUGACCCAAAUGAAUAAUAGAUUUGAAGUAUUAAGGGAAGAAGGAGGAACUGAAGUAGCUAAGGCCUCUUAUGGAAAGGAGAAAGGUAAGGGUAAAGCCCAGGUUACUGUGGGCUCUAGCAUCCAAAGUAAGCAAAUAGAUCAGAGUCCAGUGAGCACUAGCUUUGCAAUGGUUAAGGACAAGAAAGGAGCAGCAGGUAGUCUGGGGAAAGCAAACAAUUCUAACAUAAAGAUACGCGAUCAAGAGGCAGAAAUAGGGACAGAUGUACCAUCCACCCCACAGAGCACAUCCACACAGCUAGCUACUACUUCCAAUCAGUCUACCUUUCAACCAGCCAGCUCAAACAGUAAGCUGGUUAGUACAGGAACUAGAGUGGCGAACUCUAAACCUAGAACUGGCGUUCCACCAGAUAAGAAUAGAGGAGGAAGGAGAGAACCAUUUGACAGAAGUGCACAAGCUCGCACAGAGCAGAGUAGUGGUGAGCUUGUCACCAGAGAAAGAAGCAUUUCACCUCAUCAUCUUAGAAUGGUGGAACAAGGAAGUAUAAUUGAGGAUAAUGCCAUGGAGGCAAGUCGAAGCGAGACAGGACCUCCACUACAUUUCAAUGACCCCAUCCCAGACAAUGGAGGCGAACUACAAAGCAAUCAGGGGCUAUCUGGGAAUUGACAACCAGGAACCCCUACCUGAUCAACAAAUUUUGUCCAUGGAUUUGCUUAUUUGGAAUUG